AUGGCGCCCAAACCACCUUCAAGCUCAAAGCCAGCCGCAAAGAGAAGUCCAAAAGCCCACAAGUCUGGCUCGGCGGGACCCUUGAAAAAGUCCAAGAUCACAAAACGGCCACCGCCAAAACAGGUCAAAACUAAGCCAGGCGUACAUUCCCAGACGUCUGCACAGGCCACGAAGCCAUCCAAACGCAAGCAAAAGACUUACUCUGACAAAGACCUCGAUCUUCCUGCCCUCAACAUGAUCACGCCGGUGUCCGCCCCCGAGAACCCCACCAACCACUCUCGCAGAGGAGGGACCGGCAAGAAGAAGAACAAAAUCUACAUUGACGACGAGGAAUCCAUGCGCACGAUACUUGCCAUGGUAAACGCGGAGAAGGAGGGACAGAUCGAGAGCAAGCUGAUGAAGGCAAGGCAGAUGGAGGAGAUCCGAGAGGCUCGAAGAAAGGAGAUGGAGAAGAGGAAGGAAAGCAAGAGAGAGGAGCUGGAAGGAGUCAAAAACGGGUUGAAGAAGGGGAAGAAGAAGAGGAAAUCCCACGACGGGGGAAUGGUUGCUCGCGAUGACCCUGAAGGGAAUGGAGAAGGCAAACCAAAGACCAAGAAACGAGUGUCAUUUGCGUGA